AUGAAAUUAUUUAAUAUUAAUGAUAAAUUAUUUAUUGAAAAUCAUUUCAAUUUAUUUGAUACUGAUCAUUCUGGUAAAAUUGAUUUUAGAGAAUUUGUUGUUGCUUUUUUAAUGUUUUAUAAUCAAUUAAAUAAUAAUAAUAAUAAUAAUUUAAAUAAUAAUAUAAAUAAUAAUAAUAAUUUAAAUAAUAAUAAUAAUUUAAAUAAUAAUAAUAAUAAUACAGAACAAGUAUUAUAUCAUUUAUUUAAUACAUUUGAUAUUAAUAAGGAUAAUUCAAUUACAUUUGAUGAAUUAUUACAUAUGAGAAGAUCAAUGAGUAAAUUUCAAAAUUUAAAUGAAAAUCAAUUAUUGAAUGAAACUAGAAUUAUUUUUGAUCAAUUAGAUACAGAUAAGAAUGGUAUUAUUGAUUUUAAUGAAUUUGUACAUGCUUUUAAAUCUGGUUUAUUAAUUAUUUAA